AUGCCACCCCCACCCUCCACCCAGGUACUCUGUUCAUCAGCUGCUCAUACCAUGACAGCUUCUUCAUCAGGGUCCAGCAUUGCAUCUUCUGGUUUGUUCUCUGCGGCAACUAAGGCAGAAACGCUACGAAUUGCCGGUACUACGUGUUGGGCGUGCUCGACAAGAGCACCGGAAAUUUGUCAUGUCGUGCCCCAUCAUGACCCCCAGGUGCUUUUAGAAUACCCUAUAUUUUUCGAACUCUUAGCUAACGAGUCCCGCUUUAUUCAGAUUCCUCUAUGGGAGCAAGCUGGACUGUUUACCUUCAACUACAAAAACACCCAAAACACAAUUCCUCUCUGUGGAUCUUGCCAUAUCGAGUUCGAUAUGUCACUUGACCCCGGAUACGUUUUUUUCCCAACAGACAUACAGUACUUCAUUGAUUUUGAACGCCGGGAUCGUGCUCGCCGAGAACAGAUCGCAACAGAUACUGCAGUCCCUCUCUUAGCCCUUUCGCGGCAGGUACCGACAAGUGCAGACUACAAGCAGCAUGGAAUUGACUCAAAUCAAAUAUCGCCCACCGCCAUCGGAGGCCUAUACAACCGGGUAUUCCUAAAACAAUUCCUCCACAACGGUCAAAUCCCAGGGAUUGAAAGAACCUUCUCAACUCCAAAAGAAUGGCACGGUGCCCCCCUUGCGUCUAUUCGUCGUGCGUCUGCCGCCCUUGCAAGCCCGCGUUUCUUUAUGAUCGUCGAUGCCGGUACUCGCCACAUGCUUGAAGAACUACGGCAGCUAUACUUCGGUGAUGACCGCAUUUCAUCUGAACAAGCCUCUCUACGUGAUGUGUAUCGGCCACAAGUCCAGACAAAUCAGAAGCGCCAGCUAGAAGACCAGACCAAUCGUGAGUCGGGACGAUACGACAAAAAAGCCAAACAUCAGGACACAGGAUUUGCUGGAACAGCUUCUGCAGUAAACCAGUGCCGCGAAGAUACCGACUGGGUUUUGGGUCCCGAGUCGACGACAAAUGAUGUCGUCAAGUUGUAUGCGCCAGUCUUUUCCUCAUACUAG